GAAAUUUUCAUAAUUAUGAGUGGUUUAGCAACGUAGUUAUUUCUUCUGAAGAAAAUGAUUGGCACUUUUAUUAUUGGAAUUUUUCGCUGAAAAAAGAUAAAGAUCCAAUAAAUCUCACUUUAUUACGAUGGUAUGAUGAUGUCGAUAAAGAAAUGUAUGGAUAUCCAAGACUUUGGUUAACUGAUUAA